AUCGCGUUCCUUCCCGUUGGGGCAAAACAAGAGCCGAUGAGGGAGGUGGGACGAGCCAAUGUGGCUACUGAUAAGGAGUCAGCCGGGCACACCCCGCCCCUCCCCAUGGAUGUAAAUAAGCGACUGUCUAUAGAGCGCCCACAGUCUCACCCAGAAGAGACAGCAAGACCAAUGGCCGCACCAAUCUUCUUCCUUCUUUCCCUCCUUCUGGCCUUUGAUGCUUCAAAGGCCCAACUCAAUAUCAUCGUUGACCCCGGUCCGGUGGUUGCAAAACCUGGAGAAACCGUGGAGCUCAAGUGCCUCCUGAACCUCGAGCAGCAGGUGGUGGACCCCAAGAAGCUGAUGGUGCAGUGGUUCACUCGUGGGACCCAAGUGGCCGAGUUCGACAGGAAGGUGACUAUCGACAAACCGGGGUUGUCCCUCUCCGAGGAAGCCCUGAAGAAAGGUGAUGCCACCCUGACCAUCAAAUCCGUCAAGGAGGAAAAUUCCGGCAACUACCGCUGCUACGUCUACUACGCCUCGGCUUUCGCCAUGAAGCAGGUCAUUCUGAAGGUCGAUGAUCCCAGCAAGCCCAAGGAAGAGGAGGUGGAGCUACUGACUGACAGCCAGUUAUAUAAGCAGAUCUUGGAUUGGAUGGGAAAACUCGACGGAAAGCUGAAUGAGCUGCUUGCCGAGGCGAAGAAGUGUUUCCCACAGGGCAACAACAAAUCUCCCAAGUAACCCCUUGUGUGCCAUCUUCCCCCACCCACAGGGGGCGCUAACAGGUCACACCAAUAAGGCAAUCAUACAUCCUCCUGCUUAUACUCGCUUACAUGUUACCUACGGAGCAGCCAGCGGGGUCCUAACACAAUUGGACUUUUUUAUCUUCAUUAUUUGCCCUGCAAUUACCAAGCUUGGAAUUCUACCCGGUAUCUAGGGAAUAAUUACCCCGGCAACACUGAUCCCUCCCACACCAUCUGUUUGUAGAACAGGCCCAUCUAUAAUCUGCUAAAUUUUCAUUUGCAGCUGAAUUUCCCCUUUAAUCCAGUCUUACCCUCUUAUAAAAUGACAUAAAGUUCUUCUCAUUUGUAAUUGAUUUCUUGCUGUGAUUUUGUGAAUCAAACUGAACUUUUUUUAUUCAAAUAAAUAUCUGCUCAAAUGAGUUUUUGUACUUCA